GCCCCCCGGUUCCGCUCCGUUCCAGAGGCGGAAGUAGAGCUCACUCCUGUGUAUAGGGACAGCUAUUUUCCAGCUUUUUCUGGAGGAGAGCAGAAGCCCUCUUUCCUUAAGACAAAUGAGCAUUCCAAGAGUUUGGGGCUACUUGACCAUUCUGGCACCACGAAAUCUCUUGUAUGUGAGAAGUAACUUUCUCUUUGGUUCAAGAUGGAUGAUCCGAUUUUCAACAGAAAUCCUCUUCAAGCCAGUUUCAUUUAGGCUUUUUGGUGUGAAGUGUGAUCAUGAAGACAGUAAGCCUUUGGAGAAUGAACUACUGAAUAACUUACUUACUAUGGGAGUAGAUGUUGACAUGGCGAAGAAACGACAGCCUGGAGUUUUUAAUAGGACAGGUAUUAAUGAGCAGGACCUGAAGAUGUUCCUUCUGUCCAAAGGAGCCAGCAACGAAGUGAUUGCUAGCAUCAUAUCGAGAUACCCACGAGCCUUAACACGCACAACUGAAAAUCUUUCAAAACGGUGGGAUUUGUGGAGAACAAUUAUGACAUCGGAUCUUGAAAUUCUAAAUAUUUUGGAACGUUCUCCUGAGUCGUUUUUUCGGUCCAAUAACAACGUAAACCUAGAGAAUAAUAUAAAGUUUUUGUCCUCGUUUGGAUUGACCCGUAAAUGCCUUUGUCGGUUGUUGACCAAUGCCUCACGUACCUUCUCCAAUAGUCUUGAUUUGAAUAAACAGAUGAUUGAAUUUUUACAGGAAGUCUGUUUGUCCUUAGGUCACAGAGAUCCCGUAGAUUUUGUCAGGAAAAUAAUUUUUAAAAACCCUUUUAUCUUAAUUCAGAGCACCAAACGGGUAAAAGCUAACAUUAAGUUUUUACAGUCAACGUUCAACUUGAACAAUGAGGAGCUGCUUGCUCUGAUACGUGGUCCAGGAGCUGAAAUCCUAGACCUUUCCAAUGACUGUGCCAAAAGAAACUACACAAAUGUCAAAGAGAAACUCUUUUCUCUUGGAUGUACUGAACAAGAGGUGCAGAAGUUUGUCUUGAGCUAUCCAGAGGUGAUCUUCUUGGGAGAGAAAAAAUUUAAUGAUAAAAUAGACUGCCUCACAGAAGAAAAAAUUAGCAUCUCACAAAUAAUUGAAAAUCCUCGGAUUUUGGAUUCAAGCAUAAGUACUUUAAAAAGUCGAAUCAAAGAAUUGGUGGAUGCUGGCUAUGACUUGAGUACAUCAAACAUCACUCUUCUGUCUUGGAGUCAAAAAAGAUACAAAGCUAAACUGAAAAAGUUAAACACUGGAUAGUGCAUUAUUCUGGGGAAUUAAAUCUUAUCGUGAUAUCUUUUCACUUUGAAUUUGGACCUUUCAAAAAGGAGAGGUUUGAGUUCUUAACCACAUAUACAUAUAUAAUGAAUGAUCCUUUGGAUGUUCUAUUUUAAAGGUUCUUAAAAAUUCAUGGUCAGUAUGCUCAAGUAUAGUCUUCCCAGCUACCUCUUCUCAAGUUUGAAUUAAUAUAGUAUCCUGUUAUAUGAUAUAGGCUGUGUAGAUGGUACUUCCUGAGUGCCAAGGCAGAACAAUGUAUCGAAAGGUAGAAGACACAAAAUAAGCUUUUUUAGGGGGAAGGAGGUUGUUCAAAUUAAAAAAUUUAUAAGAUUCAUGUAGGUCCAUUUUCUCAUGGAUUUGAGUAGCAACCUAUUCUAUUUUCACAUACCUAAUUAUGGUUCAUCUUCAAAGUAAGAAUGCCAGUAAAAAUUUGAAAAAGUAGAAAGGAGGGGUUUUUCAUCCCAAGUUCUACAUUCUUUAUUUAAACCAUUAAUAUGCUCCCCUCCUGCCCCCCUUUAGGCUCAAUUUACUGUGAGUAUAAUACUGAUUUCUUUAAAGACAAGGACAACUGUGUAGGCAGAAUAAUUGCCACUCAAAGAUGUCAAUGUCAUAAUUACCAGAACCUGUGAAUAUGUUAAGUUGCAAAAGGACUUUGCAGAUAGGAUUAAGUUAAGGACCCUGAGAUGAGAUUACCUGGAUUAUUUGGGUGAGUCCAGUGUAAUCAUAAGGGCCCUUAAAAGUGGAAGAGGGAGGUACAAGGAGGUCCAGUGAUGUGAUGAUAGAAUGACUUACUUUUACUGGCUUUGAAGGAGAAGGGGCCACAUGCCCAGGAACACAGGUAACCUCUAUAAAAUGUAAAAAGCAAGGAAACAUUCCUUCCCCCAGAAGGAAAUGCAGCCCUGCCAGGACCUUGAAUUAGGCCCAGUGAGACCUGUGUCAAACUUCUGACCUGCAGAAUCAUAAGAUAAUUUGUGGUGUUUUAAGCCUCUGAGUUUGCGAUAUUUUGUUACAGCAGCAAAUAGAAUAACACAACAACUAAAUAGAUGAUUAGUUCCAUUAUAGGUGAAGCCACAAAAUGUGAUCCUUUUAUUAUAUCUGUAUUUCUUCCAAUGACCUUUAUAAUGGCUAAUAAGUUAGUAUUUGUAAAGUCCUCUAAAUGUUUGGAUAGGAACUAAAUGUGAAUAAUAAAACCUAAAUAAAAGAAUAUUUUUGCCUACUGAAUGUAA